AUGCCUUUCUUUGAUGUGCAGAAAAAGCUGGGUGUUGACUUAGACCACUGGAUGACAAUCCAGGGUGCUGAGCAGCCUCACAGGAUUCCAGCUCGAUGCCACGCUUUUGAAAAAGAAUGGAUAGAGUGUGCACAUGGAAUCGGUAGUACCCGAGCGGAGAAGGAGUGCAAAAUAGAAUUUGAGGAUUUCAGAGAAUGUCUGCUUCGACAGAAAACGAUGAAACGUCUGAAUGCCAUCAAGAGACAGCGGGAUAAGCUAAUCAAGGAAGGGAAGUACACACCUCCACUUCACCACUCAGGCCAGGAGGAUCUUCGGCCCUGA